GUCAGGCAAAAUAAUUCAGUCGGCGUAAACGCGUGAAAGCAUUUAGACGUGGCCUUUUCGAACAUUAAAUAAAUAUCGGUGCUAUCGAAGCGGACGAUCGAUAACGUCUGCGCAUUAACAUGUCGGCUGCGAACGGUAUAGCCGAGGACGAAAAGUCCUAUUACAAAAAUAAUAUCAUAAUUGCUGACACCUUAGCGGAGAAUGAAAAGGAUACAAAGGCGAUAAUGCAAAUCUCCAAUGGCGAUUCGCAAGCAACUGCAACGAAAACGAAGAAAAAUAAGAAGUCCAAAAAAGACGAUGAUGAUAAGGGUGCUGAGAAAGAAGAUGACGUGGAGCCAGUUGGAUUUUUCAAAAUGUUUCGCUAUUCAACGACUAAGGAUAGGCUACUGUACUUCUUGGGUUUUCUAUGCGCCGUAGCGACUGGCUUGACAACCCCUGCGAAUAGCUUGAUUUUUGGUAAUUUGGCAGAUUCCAUGAUCGUCUUUGGCAGCCUUGCAAAUAAGACACGUAUUUCCUCGGACGAUGCACUUUUAGACGCCGUGGAAACAUUUGCCUUCCAAAACAGUAUGAUCGGCAUAAUUAUGCUUGUGGGCAGUUACAUAUCGAUAAUGACAUUUAAUUAUGCCGCCAAUGCGCAAAUAUUACGGAUACGUGGAAAAUUCAUUAGAUCCAUAUUGCACCAGGAUAUGUCGUGGUACGAUUUCAAUCAGAGCGGAGAGGUGGCAAGCAGAAUGAAUGAAGAUUUGUCCAAAAUGGAGGACGGUAUCGCUGAGAAAGAUGUGAUGUUCGUGCAUUUUAUGGUGGCUUUUGUCGGCUCUCUGUCCUUAGCCUUUUACAAAGGCUGGGAGUUGUCUUUGGUCUGUCUUAGCAGUUUGCCGGUCACUUUUAUAGCGCUUGGCCUAGUGUCUUAUGCCACCUCGAAAUUGUCGAAACAAGAAUUGAAUGUUUAUGCCGCGGCUGGCAACAUUGCAGAGGAGGCACUGAGCGGUAUACGUACGGUGAAAACUUUCGAGGGCGAAUAUAAAGAGGUGCAAGCGUAUAAAUCACAAAUUGUCGAUGCGCGUAAAAUCAAUAUCAAGCGUAAUAUGUUUUCCGGUUUGGGCUUCGGUUUGCUCUGGUUCUUCAUUUACGCCUCAUAUGCUUUGGCUUUCUGGUAUGGUGUUGGUUUGGUCUUAAAGAGUUACGAUCAUGUUCCCGGCUAUGACAAUUAUACUCCCGGCAAUAUGAUAACGAUAUUUUUCUCUGUAAUGAUGGGUUCCAUGAAUAUUGGCAUGGCCUCACCAUAUAUCGAAGCUUUUGGCAUUGCGAAGGGCGCUUGCGCUAAAGUAUUUAAACUUAUCGAACAAGUACCGACUAUAAAUCCCAUCGAACCGAAAGGUAAAAAUUUGAAUCAACCUUUGGUACACAUCGAAUUGCGUGAUGUCAGUUUCAAAUAUCCAUCACGUGAUGAAGUGCUAAUUUUAAAUAAAUUAAAUUUGAAAAUCAAACGUGGCCAAACGAUAGCACUGGUCGGUUCAUCGGGUUGUGGCAAAUCGACGAUAAUACAGUUGGUGCAACGUUUCUACGAUCCCCAAGAGGGUAGUGUCUACUUCAAUGAUGUCGAUUUGAAAGACAUUAAUAUUACUUGGCUGCGUGAGCGCAUAGGUGUUGUCGGACAGGAGCCAGUACUUUUUGGCACAACAAUCUAUGAGAACAUACGCUAUGGUCGUGAAGAUGCCACCAGAGAGAUGAUCAUUGCGGCUGCCACAGCGGCGAAUGCGCAUACCUUUAUAAAUAAGUUGCCAAAGGGUCUUGAUACUUUAGUUGGUGAACGCGGCGCUCAGUUGUCGGGUGGACAGAAGCAAAGAAUCGCCAUCGCACGUGCUCUUGUGAGAGAUCCCGAAAUACUGUUACUGGACGAAGCGACCUCUGCAUUGGAUACUGCUAGCGAAGCCAAAGUACAAGCAGCUCUUGAGAAGGCGAGCAAAGGCCGUACAACAAUCAUUGUGGCCCAUCGUCUAUCGACAAUACGACGUGCCGAUCGCAUUAUAGUAAUUAAUCAGGGUGAGGUCGUCGAAAGCGGUACGCAUGCCGAAUUAAUGGAUCUCAAGUCACACUAUUAUAAUUUGGUAACAACACAAUUGGGCGAUGAGCCCGUUACCGCGGAAGUACAAAAUAGCGAUAAAACCAACAAUUUCUUCGGCACGAAAGAUGAGGAUGAAGAACUGAUUGAUUUUAAAACUGAAGAGGACGCUUUAAUUGAAGAAAAUCUUGAUGACUCGUCGCUUUGGCCGAUAUUAAAAAUGAAUACACCCGAAUGGCCGCAACUCUUAUGUGGUGUGCUGUCAUCGGCUAUAAUGGGCUGUGCUAUGCCUGUGUUCGCUGUGCUCUUCGGGGAAAUUCUGGAAGUAUUGUCGGUUCCAGAUAAUACGUAUGUGCGCGAAAACACGAAUAAAUACAGUUUAUAUUUCUUGAUAACCGGCAUUAUUGUGGGCCUGGCAACAUUUAUACAGAUUUAUCUCUUCGGCAUUGCUGGCGAGAAAUUAACCGAACGCCUCAGAGGUCUGAUGUUUGAGACUAUACUCAAACAAGAAGUCGCUUGGUUCGAUGACAAAGCCAAUAGUACGGGCAGUCUUUGUUCGCGUCUUUCCGGCGAUGCGUCUGCCGUUCAAGGUGCAACCGGUCAACGUAUCGGUACCAUUGUUCAAUCACUGGCCACCAUCGUCUUAGGUGUCGGCCUAUCCAUGUACUAUGAAUGGAGUUUGGGUUUGUUGGCCCUGGCAUUUGCACCAUUUAUAUUGGUUGCAGCGUUUCUACAGCGCAAGGUGAUGGCUCAGGAGAAUAUGGGCACUGCCAAAGCUAUGGAGAAUUGUACAAAGCUCGCCGUUGAGGUUGUUUCGAACAUACGCACGGUUGCAUCUUUGGGCAGAGAAGAGAUGUUUUACCAACAAUAUAUGGAUUUACUACAUCCAGCCAUGAAUCAAGCCAAGAAGAAUACACAUUUCCGUGGUUUAGUAUAUGGUUUGGCCAGAUCACUUAUGUUCUUCGCGUUUGCAGCUUGUAUGUAUUAUGGCGGUUGGUGUGUCGUACACAAAGGCAUGGAUUUCGGUAAUGUGUUCAAGGUCUCACAAGCUUUGAUUAUGGGCACAGCCUCAAUUGCUAAUGCACUGGCGUUUGCACCCAACUUCCAGAAGGGUGUUACAGCAGCAAAGAAAAUAUUCUUACUUUUCAGUCGCGUGCCGAAAAUCCAAGAUAAACCCGGUGUAUCGCUUGUACCAUGGACUGCUGAAGGCGAGGUAGAUUUCAAGGAAGUCAAAUUCAGUUAUCCAACACGUGCCGAAAUUCCCGUACUUAGAGGCAUAAUAAUGAAUAUGCAUAAGGGUCAGAAAAUCGCCUUAGUAGGCUCCUCUGGCUGUGGCAAGUCUACGUGCAUACAACUACUACAACGUUUCUAUGAUGUGGAUGGCGGUUCAGUAGCCAUCGAUAAUAAUGACUUACGCAAUCUGGCACUCACUAAUUUACGCCAACAAUUGGGUAUUGUCUCACAAGAGCCGAUAUUAUUCGAUAGAUCCAUUAAGGAUAAUAUUGCCUAUGGUGAUAAUAAACGAGAAGUCUCUGAACAGGAGAUAUUUGCGGCCGCGAAGAAAGCGAAUAUACACAAUUUCGUCUCAUCAUUGCCAUUGGGUUAUGAGACGCGUAUGGGUGAAAAAGGUACACAAUUGUCGGGUGGUCAAAAACAACGUAUCGCCAUUGCUCGCGCUAUGGUAAGAAAUCCGAAGAUAUUGUUACUGGACGAAGCCACAUCGGCGCUUGAUGCUGAGAGUGAAAAGGUCGUUCAAGAGGCUUUAGAUGCGGUUAGUGAGGGACGUACCACCAUUAGUAUAGCGCAUAGAUUAUCAACCAUUGUUGAUUCGGAUGUGAUAUUUGUACUCGACAAUGGUCAAGUGGCGGAGAGUGGUUCGCACAAGGAGCUCUUGAAAUUACAUGGCAUCUAUCACACGUUGUGGAGAUUGCAAACCGGUGCUUAAGGAUAACGUUGAGACUGUACUACACUUGUUAAUAUUAUAUACACAAAAUGUAAAGUUUAAAAUAAUCAAUGGCUGUAUACAUACAUACAUAUUUUUAUGUGCUAUGCUAAUUAUGUUAGUAUUUAUGGAGUUGCAAUAUUUUAUUUAUUGUAAGUUAAUUCUUUUUUAACUUUAAGCUUAAUUAAACUAUGAGCUUAAAACAAAAAUAUACGAAACGUUUAAGCUAAGUAGAGAAAUAUUUUGUACA